AUGUCGCUGCAGAUAGCUGUAGCUCAUACGGGCCAGCGCUUGGACGCUGAUCCCGUGGGCUUUAACUCGGUCGAUGCGUUGAAGCAGUGGAUCGCAACCGUUGUAGACAUACCACCCGAGCACCAGAUACUACUGACGCCGCGAGGAAAGCAUGCGAAGCUGCAGACGCUACUUACAGAGAAAGAGCUAUUCGUCUACGAUCGCGAACUCUCCUCAGUGUCCCAGGCUACUUCCACUGAAGCGCCGCUUCCUGAACCCUUCACCCCCGAUGACCCGCCCGAUACUUUGUCCAGUCACACCGAUCUCAGAGCAUGGCAAACACUAUUCCAGGCCCGCCGCGACUGGGCCUUUGCCGUCCUGGAGCAGGCACUCUCCAUGUCACGCGUGGCUUCGCAGACCUUCGCCGAGCAAGCAACUAUAGAGAAGGCAACACAGGUCGCUGUCGGAAAUCCUGGUGCACAUAUGAAGGGCUUGGAGCAGAAGCACCGCGAGGCAAAGGAGUGGUUUGAUGGGGUGGAGAAAGAAGCGGUCGAGAACCUGCGGAGAUUAGAUGCAGAUUACGGGCAACUAGGCGCAAUACCAGCUAAAGGCGAAUUCAUUCAAUUUCUGGCGAAAGAGCUACGGUCGGCGCAAACAGCACAGAGCAUCCGCAACACCUCUGCAAAUCGGGCAAUGUCAUUACAGGAUUUCCUAGACUUCGACUCAAUAAAACAAGCUACAGGCGUGAGUAAGACCGUUCGCGAAUCAUUUGAGAAACACCUAGCGGACAUGGGGGCUCAGGCGGAGCGGAUCGGGGCGGAAUACAAUGAGCUACAAGGCGCCGCAGGACAAAGUCAAAGUCGGUCGCUUAUGGACGACUCAGAGGAACCGGUACGACUAUAUAACGAGAUCGAUCAGGUGGCCAAGAAAGUGAAUUCAGAUCUCGGACAUAUCAUGGGACUUCCCUCCGAAUCGAAGUCGGUUGCUCAGGUGUCCAAGAUGGCGCUGUUGCAUACGCGGAACUUCCUGCCUGCGAUCAAAGAGUAUAGCAUUGAGAUGAGUGAUCUUAUUAGGCGAUCGGUGGAACAAAAAAACAACGCGGUUAGGAACGCGGUUGAGAGCAUGCGCGGCGUUGCAGACAUCGGAUCCAACAUAGCGAGGCUUCAUUCGGAACUUGACAACAUCAACUUUCCACAGGAAGGCAUGGCUGCUUUUGAGUUGAUAUCGCUAGUGGGACGACUACCGUUUGUCUAUGGGGCACUCUUGGUCGAAUCUGUGCGGCGACGUGAAUGGGCCGAGAAGAUGCAAAGGGAUACUUCAUCCCUUGCCGAAGAAAUGGCUACAUUUCAAGAAGAAGAGGAGCGCCGAAGGAAAAGAUGGCUGAAGCAGGUUUCGGAUGUAGUCAAUUUGGAUGCUGUGCAGACAAGUCCAUUGGGUUUCGAAAUGAACAUCCAGCCUGAAAAAACGUACUGGCCAGAGGUUACUCGAGAUGAGCUCAACGACUACCAUAAGAUACUACAAGGGCUGGAAGGACAGAGCGCUGAGGCUGAAACGCUUGCUCAAACCAUCAAAGACCUGGACCGUCCUACACGACAGCAGGUAAAGCGCGCGAAAGCCUUCAAGAUGGGUAGCGUUCAUGAGCCGGCGUUUGGGAGAAACUCUCAGCUUAUGUUGCGAGGGGAUGAUGAGCUUCGUGUGCUGAAAGAGGCCAAUGCCAAGCUGGAGGAUGAACUAAGAGGCUCUAAGAGUAGAGUGCGGCGUUUGGAGGACGUGCUUCAUCGCCAGAACCAUAUCAAUAGACUCUCAAUCGGAAGCGGUAUGCCAUUGUUCGGACCUCAAAGCCCUGCCGAUCCGUCUACACCGACCAUUGAUGCACCAUCCCCGGUGCCAAUGGUAGAUCAUUCUCGGCGAUCCUCUGUCUCUUCGCGACGUUUCUCUACGAACCAAGGGCAAGACGACAAGCGUCGAAUCGUACGCCUAGAACAAGAGCUGGCGACAGAGAGAGAGGUGCGUGCGAGGCUUGAAAAGGAGGCUCAGGCGAAGAAAGACGAAGAGGCGACCCUGCAAGGGCAGAUUGAAGAAGCAGUUGCGACGAAAGCUGAGCUCAUGGAGAACAUGAAAGCGCAGCAGAAGGAAUUCGCAGAUGAGCGACGCUCCCUCGAGGAAGAAAUACAGACAUAUAAGAGCAAGAUCGAAGAAACUGAAGAUGAGCUUGAUCGCGUACUUGGCAGCCGUGAUCAUGAGCGAACAGGGGUCGAUGCAAAAAUACAGGAGCUGGUUGGGGAGGUUGAGAGAGUCCGUAGGCACGCCGCGGAACAAAGCAAGGAAGCCCACAAGCGCGUUGCCGACUUACGGACCGAACUUGAAGAGCGAAAGAGAGCGGAUGACGAACAAUAUGAAUCACUCUCUAACGCGUUCAUUCGUCUCUCGCCUAAUACUACCGUCCCGGGCAGCAUCACAGCACUUAUCAUGCAAAUUGAAGACCUGGCUCAACGUACUUCCGAUCACCUUCACGAAGUCCAACAAGCUGUGGCGAUAGCGAAGGCAGAAAACGAGAGUGCUCGUCGUACAGCAAACGAACAAGAGACGGCUUUAAAGUGUCAGCUCGCCAAUGAGGAGACGACAACCCUGGCUUUGCGUGAGCAGCUAGACAAAUCGAAUGCGAAGGUGGCGUCCAUCACUACCGAGCUCGACGAAGAACGCCAUCACCUCCAUGAUUUGAGGAGCAAGUUUGCUGAGGGUGAGACCGGGUCUGAAGCGCUCAGGAAGCGCGUGGAGGAAGAGGAGGAGAGGGUUGGAAAACUUCAAAUUGAGCUCGCUGAGGAGAGAGGCCACUCGAACAGCCUUGAUGUCGAGCUUAUGCAUCUCCAGAAGAAGGUUCUGAAGUAUGAGGAAUUCGAUUCUUCAAGGACCCAUGAACGUUUGCGCCGCGCCAAGGAACUCAGCAAGCGCGCGUACUCGCAACAAGAUCGUCUCCUUCGUCUUGUUGAUUCGCUCGGAUAUGUCAUUACUUUUGAAGACGGUACCAUGACUCUACAUCGUGCGUCGAAGGUCGGUAAUAGUACAACUUUGACCAACACUAUGGAUCUCAACAGAAGCACAACGACGCCUUCGCCUACACCCUUGAAACAGCAGCUCGAGAAUUACGCUGACCUAGCCUUCUUGCACUGGACCGAAUCGACAGAUGCCGAAGAAGAGGACCAACGCUAUCACGAGCUCAUGGACAAUCUCAACCGAUUUGACCUGGACACUUUCUGCGAGUUCUUUUCUAAGCGCAUGCGAGAUAUCGAGUACACAGCCCGGAAGUUCAAGCACGAGACUCGCGCAUACCGAGAGAAAGCCAAAACUCUACAGACUGAAUCGCACAACAAGAUCGCCUACCGGUCAUUCAAGGAAGGCGAUCUUGCGCUUUUCCUACCCACGCGUAACCAGGCCACACGACCCUGGGCAGCUUUCAACGUCGGUGCUCCGCAUUUCUUCCUCCGCGAAGAAGAAUCACAUAGACUGCAAGGCCGGGACUGGCUCGUAGCACGUAUCUCUAAAGUCGAAGAGCGGGUCGUAGACCUCUCCAAGACAAUGGAUACAGCAACUCGUGCCUCCCUAGACGGCCGCUCCAUUACCUCUAGCAGCGCCGUGUCCUUCGAAGAUGACAAUCCAUUUGAGCUCUCCGACGGGCUGCGAUGGUAUCUCAUCGAAGCCGCUGAAGAGAAGCCCGGCGCACCUGGCGGUCCCGGACUUGGAAAAUCCGCCGCGGCCGCAGCCGUAACACGCAUCGACGGCCAAGGUAAGAUGGAACAGAAAGCGGCAGCCGACCCAGCGAAGACCCUCGGCAAGUCGCUCGACAGCCGGCGCAGUAGCGGCACAAGCAGGAAGAGCGUCCCCGUCGUAGCAGCAGGGAACCGAAACUCGAUGGACGUCGGCGAUGCGGCCAUGGACUCAGGAUUGAACUCGAACACUGCGACGAGAGGCGCGAGUCCGGCCGCGGGCCCGGGACCAAGUCAUCUGAGGGAGAGCGAGGCUAGCGGUGCGAACAGCGUGGAUCGAUUGCUCCAGGAACAGCAGUAUCAGGUGCGGAAGGAUCACCUGUGGGGACCUUAG